AUGUCCAUCAUCGACAGGAUCCGUGGUGAUGGCAUCCAACCCACCUUCACCCGCGACACAAUUCGCUCGCGUCGGAGCUGCGGCCAAUUCUUCCUGGGCUGGUUACGCACCAUGUGGCUCGACCUCCUGACCAUGGCCGUUCUAGGCUUUGCCACGCUUGGGAUCUACAGUGCACCGCUAGCAGCAACACGAACCUUCCCUGUCACCUUUACCGACUCUGGUGACAUUGUGUUCCCAAGUCUUGCUUACCCAGAGCGCGGCUGGAUCAUUUCCUCUGGUCUCUCGGCCUGCAUCUCUGCUUUUAUUCCCAUCGUCUUCAUCCUGCUCGCGCAGAUUCGCGUCCGUAGUUUCUGGGACGCCAACAACGCCAUCAUGGGCGUGGUCCAGGCUCUCAUCAUCCAGACGCUUUCUUGUGUCAUUGUCAAACACCUAAUCGGCGGCUUCCGCCCUUACUUUCUGGCCGUCUGCAUGCCUGAUAUCUCCCUCGCGUCGUCCCAUAAUUCGACGGGUCUCAACGGCGUCGGCUUUCACGAGAUCAUGUACACCUCCGAAAUCUGCACCCAGCCUGACAAGAAGCUUUUGAAAACAGCCAUGACAAGCUGGCCUUCUGGUCAUGCUGCCACAGCCUUUGCCGGCUUUGUGUUCCUGCAUCUCUACUUCAAUGCCAAGCUCAAGGUCUGGGCCGCCUACCGUCCUGCGUUCUGGAAGGUGGCCCUAACCAUCGCACCCCUGCUCGGAGCCUUCCUCAAGGCGUGCGUGCUCACGAUCGACCAGGCGCACCACUGGUACGACAUUCUUGCCGGCAGUAUCAUUGGCACAGGUGCUGCUGUUGCCGCCUACAGAGGCAACUACGCCGCCAUCUGGGACUGGCGCUUCAACCACAUUCCUCUGCAGCGCAACGAGGACUUUGCCUACACUCUGGAUAAGGGAUACGGACCUCGCGAUGGCGUCUUUACUCGGUCAGCAGGGUGGGCCAAAAGUUCUGAAGCCAUCGACGAGAAGCCGCUCCCUCCUAGCGGCCGUAGCAGCGCAACCUAUGCUCCCAGGAUGACAGGCAACGCCGCCGUUGGUCCGGAUCGCAAUUUACAAGUUCCAGACACGACGGCGAGCCGGCCCCGCCAUGCACCUGGGCACAAUAUUCGCGGCGAUGAGAUGGUCUGA